CCCCCGGGCCCCGCGGCCCCCCCGCCGCCCCCGCCAUGCGCAGGGAGAUGAACGGGGUCACUAAGAGCCGCUUUGAGAUGUUCUCAAACAACGAUGAAGCUGCGAUCAACAAAAAACUGCCCAAAGAGCUGCUGCUUCGAAUUUUCUCUUUCCUGGAUGUGGUCACUCUGUGUCGUUGUGCUCAAGUUUCCAGGGCCUGGAAUGUUCUGGCCCUGGAUGGCAGCAACUGGCAGCGAAUUGACCUGUUUGAUUUCCAGAGGGAUAUUGAGGGCCGAGUGGUGGAGAACAUUUCCAAGAGAUGUGGGGGAUUCCUGCGGAAGCUGAGCCUGCGGGGCUGCCAGGGAGUGGGGGACAACGCCUUAAGGACCUUUGCCCAGAACUGCAGGAACAUCGAAGUGUUGAACCUCAAUGGCUGUACCAAGAUCACGGACACCACCUGCACCAACCUCAGCAAGUUCUGCUCCAAACUCAGGCACCUGGAUUUGGCUUCCUGCACCUCCAUAACCAACCUGUCCCUGAAAGCACUGAGCGAGGGAUGCCCGCUGCUGGAACAGCUCAUCAUCUCCUGGUGCGACCAAGUGACCAAGGACGGGAUCCAGGCGCUGGUGCGGGGCUGCGGGGGGCUGCGGGCGCUGUCCCUCAAGGGCUGCACCCAGCUGGAGGACGAGGCGCUCAAGUUCAUCGGUGCCCACUGUCCCGAGCUGGUGACGCUGAACCUGCAGACCUGCCUGCAAAUCACGGAUGACGGGCUCAUCACCAUCUGCAGGGGCUGCCACAAGCUGCAGUCCCUCUGCGCCUCGGGCUGCUCCAACAUCACCGACGCCAUCCUCAACGCCCUGGGACAGAACUGCCCGCGCCUCCGAAUCCUGGAAGUGGCGAGGUGUUCGCAGCUGACCGACGUGGGCUUCACCACCCUGGCCAGGAAUUGCCAUGAGCUUGAAAAAAUGGAUCUGGAAGAGUGUGUCCAGAUAACAGACAGCACCUUAAUCCAGCUUUCCAUACACUGUCCACGGCUGCAGGUCCUGAGUUUAUCCCACUGCGAGCUGAUCACGGACGACGGGAUCCGGCACCUGGGGAACGGCGCCUGCGCCCACGACCGCCUGGAGGUGAUCGAGCUGGACAACUGCCCGCUGAUCACCGACGCCUCCCUGGAGCACCUCAAGAGCUGCCACAGCCUGGAGAGGAUCGAGCUGUACGACUGCCAGCAGAUCACACGGGCCGGCAUCAAGAGACUCAGGACCCACCUGCCCAACAUCAAAGUCCACGCCUACUUCGCGCCCGUGACCCCCCCGCCCUCGGUGGGCGGCAGCCGACAGCGCUUCUGCAGAUGCUGCAUCAUCCUAUGACAGCGGAGCCUCCUCCGGCGGAGCGGGGCUGGACCCGCGCCCCCGGCAGCCCGGGGGCCGCCAGAACCUUGGAGGAGAGCGAUCCCGUUUGCCGGGGCCGGGGAGCGGCGCCGGGGUGCCCUGGAGCCACCCGCACCCCCCCUGGGAUCCCCCCGCUCCCGGCGGGACGAGGGACUCGGGGCCGGAGCCAGAGCCGGAGCCGUGCCGGCUUCUCCCGGGGGGUGGAUUGGCCUCAUCCUGACCCGGGCCUGCUGGGAAUUCCUGGGAGCAGCCCGGGGAAGGAGGGGAGGGCUCCCAGCCUGGAGGGGCUGACGCUGCUGGAGAGGUUGGAGAAGGAGCCGAGAUCCUUGGAAGCGGGGAGAGGAGAGGGGAGGAACACGCUUGAGCCCUGCGGCCGUUGUGCCGAGGGAAAAAUCCCAACAAACCCGAGAACCCCAACGAGUUUCUUGGUCAGUGAGGGAGGGGAGCAGCAGCUGCUGAGCCAGGAUUUCCCUGGGAUCCCGGAUUUCCCUGGGAUCCAGGAUUCUCCUGUUCUUCCCUGCUCCCGCCCUGAGCUCCCAUCAAGGCUUUCCUGAAUCCGUGGCAUCCAGCUCAGAGGCUUCCCAGAUUCUUCCCAGAUUGUCGUGGUAGAGCUUGGAAUUUCUGAUGCCACGUAUUUUACCCUCCCCAAAUCCUACUUUUUUUUCUCUUUUUUCUUCUUUUUUUUUUAAUUUUUUUCCCCCCAAAUUUCUUACUCGGUUGUUUCUUGAGAUUUCCCAGCCCAAAUCGACAGAUCCAUAAGGAAUUUUUUUUUUUUUUUUUUUUUUUUUUUUUUUCCCCUGGGAGAAGCCUGAGCCUGUGAUGAGCUGUCAGGAAGAUUUUAAAGGAUCAUGGGGAGCUGCACCCCAGGCUGGGGCCCUCCUGGCCUGUGAGACCAGGGACCAGCUGUCCAAAUUUCAUCCCGAAUCCAGCUUCUAUCCCAAUGACAAAGUUCAUAAUUCUCCGGACAGGGAAUAAUACACAGACAAAUACACAAUUCUCAGUGCAGGGGAGAAAACUCUGCUCCGUGUUCCAGCCGCUGCCGGUUCCCUCCUUGCUGUCCUUCCCCUCCAUUUUCCCCGAGGAAAAGCAGAGUUAGAGGUUUUUGCUUUGUUGCCCUGGUGAAGAAUUCAGGAUUCCCUGCCGGAGCAGGGCUGGGCUCCCCCCGGCUCCCUCUCGGUGCUGGGGCUCUUCCCGACCUCCCCACCCAGGUAAGUUGGGUGCCCUUGGAAGGAGCCCCGGGAUGGGUUUGGAAGUGCCAGGCCCAGCUCUGGGGGAGGGAGGGGAGCUGGGUGAGGAGGGGGGGGGGUCUCUGGCCGCUUUUUUUGAGGCGUUUCAGGCAGAAUCGGUGCUCCAGGGGAGCCCGGAGUGGAACUGCUGGGCAGAUCCCGAGGGUUUGACGGGAGCAGGGUCGGUCAGGCCGCGGCAGGAGCCGUGUCCGUGGGUCCCGUGGGGCGGCUGGAGGAUCCCACGCUUCCCUCGGUGCUUCAGGGGCUCUUGGGGGGAGGUUUUUCCCAGCAGGAAUUCCAAGGAUGACGUGCUGUUCCCAGCAGGAGGGUCCCGGGCGCCCCCCGGAGCCGCGCCCCUUCGUCUCCCCCGGCCCGGUCCCUGCGCCGGGAGCGACUCCAGGCUGCUGCGGUUAAAAGGAUACUGUCGAUGCCCUCCCGUAGGCGGCUUUUAAUCCCUUAUAUUUAUUCAAAUCCUCUUUAGCGCUCUGGAUUCUCCCCCUCUCCUCGGGCGCCUCCGUUUCCAGAACUUUCUCCGGGUUUCGGGGUGGCGGAAGAUGGCGGUGACGGACUGGACGGGCGAGGGGGUCACCCGGCAAUCACAGGAUUUGCACAGCUCUGGGAAAAAUAAAACAAAAAACCACACAAAAACCACUUCUGUUCGGUUCCUACUGUGGCAGGGGGAGAGCGAAGAGCGGGAUUUCGGAGCCAGGGCUGACGGAUCCCUUUGUGACAGAGUUUUUCCAGGGAAAACUCCGGAACACAGAACCCAAAGCGAUUUCUUUUCUGUUUGCAGACCAGGGUUGACAGCGUUAAGGUAGCUCAAACUUCUUGACAGUGUCCUUUUAAGUCAAUUAUCCGUCUUCAAAUGGACUCUUCCUGAUGUUUAUAUUUAUAAAUACCAAUAAACACCAUUUUCCAA